AUGAUUUAUAUUUGCAAAGGACUCGCAAACUGUUGCAAUUGUUGCUGUAAAUGCUGCAACAGCUGCAUAGAAGGCUGCUGCAAGUGCCUGGACUGCAAAGCAUGCAAAUGCUGCACAACUGCUUUCGCCCCUUGCGUAUUCCUAAACUUUUUCCUGAUGUUUCUACCUUUUAUUGUGUGCUGGGUCAUUGCUUUUACAUAUUGAAGUAACGAUUGUAGCAACCCUCUCGAAAUUUUUCUAUUAAUUCAAGGAAUUUUAUUUUUGGCCAAUUUUUUGAUCUGCAUCUAUCUAAUGAUAAAAUACAAAAACAAAAAUGAAAAAGAACGAACAGGAAAUGACGAGAUUUGGAAGAAAACUGCCCAUUUAAUGUGCUAUGACGUUAUUUUGUGCCUUUAUUUUUUGGUUUUUGCCUUUGAAAUCGCAUGAAAUAUUGUAGGACAUAAUUGGGUUGCUGGACAAGACUGCUCUGAAUCAAGCCUUCCUGCAAUGACUAUUGUGGCACUUAUUUUGAUGUGGGUGUUUAUAGGGCUAGGGAUUUUUAUGUUUAUGUGCACGAUUUUGACACUUGCCUGCGAAGAAGGGAGUUGUGGGUUUGAAAAAUGCUGCAGUGAUUUAUGCUAUAUUUGUUUUUGUUGCUGCUUGUUUACGAAACCGAGGGAGAAGCAUGUUAAAAAGGCAAGGACUAGUAGAGAGGUUAGAACAGAUGGGGGUAACAGUCAACCGAAAUUUAUAGGAAGCGCAAUAGGGCUUUUGAGGAUGAUUGGGAUAAAUGCCCAUUGAAAAAAUAGACAAAAUAAUGAGCAAGCGAAUCAGGUAGGCGAACAAAAUCAGCAACAGCAAAUGCAAGGAAACGCUUAUAGUCCUCAACCAGUAUAUAGAAUACCUCAGGACCAAGGAGUAGCCCCAACGAAUUAUAUUAAUACAGCUAAUCAAGGAGUAGUUUCUGGUAUAAAUUACCAACCUCAAUAUCAAGUACCUCAGUCAUAUCCAUACGCUGCAAUGGGAUUGCCCAAUCAGCAGCCUAAUGAAGUUUACCUUCAAGAAGAGCCAAAUCCUCCAAAAGAAGGAAUAUUUACAAAAAUCAAGAAAAAGCUGAGACUUAACUAA